UUUUGAGUCAGUCAGUCAGUCGGUCAAUCAGACGGUCCGUCAGCCAGUCGGUCAGCCAGUCAGCCAGAAAGUCAGUCAAGAGGAGCGCGGAGAUCGGCCCAAGGUGGCUCCGCCUCUCCGGGCCCCCGGGCAACCUCGAGUUCGGCGUCUUCCUGGGCCUGUGCGUGCUCUGCUGGGCAGGGAAGUUCCUGAACUCCGUGCCGCUCUUCGGCCUGGACGCCGCGGGCGCCGCGGCGGCAGACGCCCCACCCGCCGGCGCUGCGCUGCUCCCCGCCCAGCGCCGCCACCGCACCUCUUCCGGCGCCUCGCCCGCCCGCGCCGCGCCCGCCGACG